UAUUCGAAACGAGUGGAGUUUUGUUUAUCUCUCGUGCUGUCUCCGUUAUCAACAGUGCCUGGGAACACGAACCGAAUCAAGGAACUUGAUGCCCGAGAUUUCUGGUUGUCGGCCGAUGUGUCACUUUGUAGUAUUGCCAUGAAGGAAGAACCUGUGAACUCCUACUCGCCGGACGACGAGGCACCCAAAUGCUUCACAGCUGCGAAAGUACGCAGCAAGUGUGCUGCUAAAUUACCGGUCUCGGAAGUGACAGAAACUCCGAUGUUUGAGUUUGUGGCUGUCAAACAGGAAUGGGUCGAAGAUGAUGUGAAGAAUGAUGACUGUAAUGAAGCUCAGGAGCCUGAGAACGCAGUUGUAGAGGAAGAUGGGAUUCACGCCAAAACACAGCCAUCUGAAUGGCGCAUAUUGAAGGAACCUGAAUCGGCAGGUACAGCAGUGAGCAAUGCAAGGUUUAUCCCACAAGGCCAGGGUGGUUGUACUAUUCACAAAUGUGCCACCAUAAGCACCAGAACAGAUGAGAUACAGUGUAGUGACAGUAAUCACAGUGGCAGCCGGAAAGAUCGUGACAGGAAUGAAAGCAAUACGCACCUACUCUCAGGCCAGGUGAUGGGCUUUGAGAGGCAGAGGAAGCUUGGGACCCAUAAAGACAGCUAUUCCGCUACAAGUACUGUGUUGAGCGACAGAUUCUGCAAGGAUGCCUCGGACGCAAAUUCGAACUGCUACCAGGUAAAUGACAGUUGCGAGAGGCUCUCCCCGCCGACGAACGGCAGUGUCGUCGGGCAGCCGUCACUUCUACCUGACGGAGGUGACACCUACACGUGCGACGUCUGCCGGGAAGUGUUUGUCGACAAGAGGGUCUUGAGGACCCACGUGCAGCAGCACCUGCUGAAAUGCGACAUCUGCCACAAGACCUGGAACGAUGCCAACAGCCUCGAGUUGCACUACCGGACACACACGGGCGAGCGGCCCUACUGCUGUGACACUUGCGGCCAGAAGUUCUCGCGCAGAGAUCAUCUGAGGCUGCACAGGCUGCAGCACACGGGUGUGCGUCCCUACCGCUGCGAUACCUGCGGCAAGGCGUUCUUGCGCAGCAACGGUCUGAGGCAGCACUCGCUGCAGCACACGGGUGAGCGGCCUCACGAGUGCAGUGUCUGCCACAAGCGGUUCACCUACGGCAGCAACCUGUCACAGCACAUGCGCGUCCACACUGGAAAGCGACCCUACUGCUGUGACACUUGCGGCCAGACAUUCUCGCACAGUGGUCAGCUGAGGCUGCACUCGCUGCAGCACACGGACGAGCGUCCCUUCCGCUGCGAUACGUGCGGCAAGGCGUUCUCGCGCAGCAAUAAUCUGAGGCAGCACUUGCUGCAGCACACGGGUGAGCGGCCCCACGAGUGCGGCGUCUGCCACAAGCGGUUCACCAACGGCAGCAACCUGGCGCAGCACUUGCGCAUCCACACGGGUGAGCGGCCCUACCGCUGCGACUACUGUAGCAAGUCGUUCACGCAAAACAGGAACUUCAAGGUACACCUCCGUAUGCACACUGGUGAGCGGCCGUACCGCUGCGACACCUGCGGAAAGUCAUUUACGCGAAGUAGAAGUGUGAAAGUGCACCACCGCCCGCACACGGGUGAGUGGCUGUACGCCUGCAACGCGUGUGGCAAGGUGUUCGUCAGUGGCGAGACCUCGCAAAAACCUGGGCAGGUCCAAAUGCGACAGGAGUCCUGAGACUGCACCGCCUUUGAGGAGCGCUUUGCACGGAGGACCAGUUUGAACCCACAUUUGUGCCUCUGUACUAUCAGAAACGCCACCGAAGAUGUUGUGCCGACAGAGUGAAGAUGAGUUUUUAUAAACUUGCUGUGCACCUUACAAUUUCACACUGAAACAUCCCCAUUCUAAUUAUUACUGUUGAAGAGGAAUUCCAU